UGCUCUCUGGGGGGCACAAAGCAUAAAUCGGGCAUGUGUUCGUCCGCUCGUUCGGUGACCAAUUGUUGGCUGUGGCAAUUAGCAUCAUCGAACACGUUGCCAGGUGUUGGUCCGUUGGUCUUUCGGUUGCAUUCACCUCUGUACUGCCCGGGCCCCAUGCCCCAUGCCCCAUGCCCCUUCUCCUUCUCUACCACCACCAAUUACGGUGGCAACCUCAACCUCAGAGAGUACCCCCCUACCCAGCAGUGUCCACUGCUUGAUAAGCCACUUUCGAAUGCAUGGCUCGAGCUCUGUCGCGGGCUCUGGGUCUGCGGCUGGGGGCCUCUGACUCGAGCUCUUUGGCCAAAACAAAUUCAGUUGCGUCGCCGAGCUCAAAGAGAAAACAACGCCAGAAAGCCACGCCACGCCACACGAAUACCGAUAUACCGAGAUACGAGAGUUACGCGCCAGGUUCCGCUCGCCAUCUUUUGAGCCGUGAAAGUGGAAGGAAAACUGCAAUUUAUUGCACACAAAUUAUAUGCACUUUUACUUGCUUGUCGUCCGUACGCUGAUCGCUGAUCACUGAUCGCUGAUCGCUGGCUUUACAUCAUCUUGAAGCACGGCACGGCCCGAUCCUCGAUGUACAAGCACACGGUCAAGUCAAGGUUGGCCCAGGCCCGGAGUCAGCCGCCGCCAGCUUCUGGCACGGCAGCGACAACGACGCCCACAUCCCCGAAACAUGGACUGGGAGCAGGCAAGAAGUUCUUCUCACACAUUCGCCACAAAAUCGAGGAUAACCUGAGCCCCAAACUGGGCGGAAAGCUGUACUACAAAGGCAGCAAGCACACGAGAUCGAUGAGUGCCCUCAGCCUGCAGGUGGAUGGUGGCUGCAUCGGUGGCAAGUAUACCCCGAAAGCAGUGGGCCCACCUGUGGCCACUCCCCUGAAGAUGAUGGAGCAGGUGCCGCCACAGAUGAGCAGCAGCAUCUGCAGCUAUGUGGACAGCGACGAGGAGAGUCACCUGAGCCUGAGCCUCAGUCUGACGCAGCAGUCGCUGGAGGAUGAGAUCUUUGCGGAGCUGGAGAAGGUGGCCCACGACGAGAGUAAGCUGAACGAAGUGCUGCAGAGCUUUGACCAGAUCCUCAGCGAAUAUCCACCAGUGGAGUCGAUCAGAGAGAUGCGGCCCUCGGAGGAGGUGCCGCUGCCUGCCCCGCCAGCAGAGUUCUGCGAUCGACAGAUGCUGCUCUCGAAAUCCCACAGCAGCCUCAGUAUGGGCCGGGCCAAGCGGCAGAUCUACCAGUCGCCUGAACUGGCCAAUUCCAUGCUCCUAAGGAGAUCCGAUUCCACGUCCAACGCGAACUCCAGAUACAAUUCUUUGAGUGAACUGAAUGGCAGCCGGAUACCCGUUUCGAAGCACUCGAGCUUGAGGAAGAGAAGCGAGAGCUUCUGCCUGGAUCAGCCGCUGAAUCACAGGAGCAGCAAGCAGCGCACGCGAUCGAUGCUUACUUUGAACAGUGGAAUCACUGGUAGAUCUUCAAUUCCAGCCAGAAACACAGCUCCAGCGACAGCCAGAGCCACUGCUGCAGUUCCAUUGAAAGCCAAAGCCUCCUCCGCUGCAGCGCCACUCCCACCAAAGCGAGCCAACUCCACGCUGGAGCGGCGACAGGUGCACAGCAGGCCACCGGGUCCCAGGAGAGCCAACUCCACGCUGAGAGCCACGACUGCGCACAGCGAUGAGCUGCUGGUCAAGUGCCUGGCCAAGGGCCAUGAGAUCCUCCGCCAAGUGGAGAACAUCAGCAGUGCCAAGCCGAAGCGAAGCAGCAGUCGGGGGGUGAGCAAGGAGCACUCGCAGCUGGCGAGGAACAAGAAGAGGCACCAGCAGAAGCUGCAGUACGCGAACGAGGAGAAGAUGGGCAAGCCAAAGCUCGAGUCCUGCAAGAUUAUACCCCCGAAGCUGGGGGAGACAUCGGAUAAGAAUCAGGACCUGCUGGUCAAGGUAGUGCAGGAGGUAAAAACCAAGCCAAAAGCAAAGGCAAAGACAAAGGACUCUCUGCCGCUCAAGAAGCCCCUCAAGCAGGAUGAGGAGAGACAGCAGGAACCCUCCUCCGAUUCGGAUGAUUCGGGACACAUCAGCAACACGGUGCUCUCGACGUCCACUUCCACCUGUAAUUCCACGGGCAGCCUCUGCGAAUCGGAGGGCGAUGAAGCCGAAGAACCAUCGGCAGUGAAAAAGUCCAACAAAAUCGCAGAACUCCUGCAAAAGUUCGAGGCAGUGGCAGCAGCGGCGGCAGCUGUUAAAUCGAAUGCUGCUCAUGCCUCUGCCCCUUCCAUGAUUGCCACCAAGGUGGUGGCACAGGUGCAGGCGGUGCGGUGCAUCCAAACGCAGGUGGAGAUCUAUCCCACCUACACGAAAGAGGUAACUAUGCGGCUGCACUGACUGCCACCCGGUACGAGUACCCAGCAUAUCCCAGCUGUGCAUCCAAGCCUCCACCAGAUCCCAUCUUAACUCUCAGAUGUAUCUACUUAUCUAUUGUGCUUUGCCUCAUCUAACUUUAUCUUUUAUC